UCUUGCCUCGCUUCAUCCGUCCGCUUAUUGUUGUAGCCCAUCGAAUACAGUCCGCUGUGUCCGACUCCAAUUGCCUUCUGAUAUCCGCGCUUAAUUCCGCGCAUCGUCUCGGACUAGUAUUAACUAGUCCUACAAAUUGGUGACCCCGAUUCGCACGCGCGAAUUCAACAUUUUUCUCGUUUGUAUUUUUUGGUGAGUUCGUUCCUUUUUCUCGAUUAUAUACCUAUAUUCAUUUGUUUCUUGCGUAAUUUUAGUACUUUAUCGUAUUUUGUUCGUUCUUUAUCUUUCGACUCACAUUUCGAGAGCGGCAUCUGAGUCGUUUCACAGCGUAACCAUGCUUACUUUGGCUGUUCCAAGUUUCAUGGAACACAGUCCAGAAGUUUGGUUUAAGAUAUUCGAGAUCGAGCUAGAAAAUAAGGGCAUAACGGCGGACCGUCCAAGGUACAAUCAGCUCGUCCCACGCCUUCCUCCGUCGGUAGUGACGCUGAUUGAGGACAUUCUACUCUGCCCAUCGAAUGAGGCAAAGUAUGAAACGAUGAAGCAAGCGAUUUUGAAAGAGUUACGACCCAGCGCACGAACACGAUUUGAGCAGCUCAAUGGUCUCAAGCUUGGAGAUCGCAAGCCGUCGGCAUUGCUCCGCGAACUUCAGCGCAUCGCUGGUCCCUUAUUCUUGAGCGAAGAAGGGAUAAAGGAGCUGUGGUUUGCACGUCUCCCAGAGCCAUUGCCGGUAAUGCUGUCCAUGUUUAUAGAUGCACCUUUGAAAGACUUAGCUACCAAGGCAGACGCUGCGUUCGAACGUUUUCCGCAGCAGACGACCAUUAACUCCGGUGACGUAUUCUCACCGAUGAAAGCCGAAUCCCAUGUUUGUUCCCAGUCGCUAGACCGAUCUGACUCUAAAGACGAGGAAAUUGCGCUACUUCGUAGCAGGAUAGCAGCAAUGAAGGCUUCAAAGCAGCGUGUGCCACGGUCAAAUGCUGACCACGUUUUGGCUACCGUUCAUUGCGGCUCGUCUGUGCCUGCACCGAGUACGUCACGUUCGGCACGAAAGCGCAACAUUUUCCUUCCAAGUUCUCAGUCAGAUAAUGUCAAACCCGUCGAAGAAGUAUGUUGGUAUCACCGCCAAUACGGUGGAAGAGCUAGACGUUGUCGGGCUCCCUGCAUUAGGCACGACCCAGGGAAAACGAAUAGCCCGCAUACUAGCACUACAAACGUAUCAUUUAAUAACCAAGUAAACCGACUGUUUUACGUUAAGGAUCGACGUUCUUCCAUCACGUUCCUCAUCGACACAGGAGCGGAAGUCAGCGUCAUCCCAGCGACCGCUAGCGACAAGCACUCGAAGCCUACGUACAAUUUGCGUGCGGCCAACGGUUCUCCGAUAGCUUCAUUCGGUCAGCGCAUGAUGAACCUAGACCUCAAUCUUCGCCGAGAUUUUCAGUGGGUCUUCAUGGUUGCGUCUGUACCCUUCGCAAUUAUCGGUAUCGACUUCCUCCGACAUUUUGGGUUGCUUGUUGAUGCUGGUCGCCACAGACUUUUAGACGAUCGUACGAAACUAGGUGUUGAUGGUGUCCUUUCAGAUGCCCCGAUAAUCAGCCCUGUAUUUCGGAUCGCAGACGCACCGUCCGACUACUUGAGCCUCCUCUCCGAAUACCCGCGACUGGUUCGACCGGCUGCAGAGCUUCCACCAGUCACAACAGAGGUCGCUCACCACAUAGUUACGCGCGGUCAACCAGUUAGCGCAAGGCCAAGACGGCUUGCUCCAGACAAACUACGGGCAGCACGAGCCGAAUUUGACCACAUGCUUCAACUUGGUAUCGUCAGACCGUCCAACAGCCCAUGGGCGUCGCCUCUGCACAUGGUCCCGAAGAAGGUUGUGGGGGACUGGCGUCCUUGCGGCGACUAUCGAUCCUUGAAUACGGUAACCACGCCUGAUCGCUAUCCGAUCCCACACAUAGUGGAUCUCACCGCCAGUCUGGCGGGUAAAAAUAUCUUCAGCAAAAUCGACUUGGUACGCGCAUACAACCAAAUUCCGGUAGCCGAGGCGGACAUCGCUAAAACUGCCGUGACGACUCCAUUUGGUUUGUUCGAGUUUCUGCGCAUGCCAUUUGGCCUAAAGAACGCCGCGCAAACUUUUCAGCGUUUCAUCGACCAAGUUUGUCGCGGUUUAGACUUCGCUUACGCUUAUCUUGACGACAUUUUAAUCGCCAACUCUUCACGAGAAGAGCACAUACGCCACGUACGAACACUUUUUGAUCGUUUAUCUCAACACGGGGUGACGAUCAACGCAGAAAAGUGUUCGUUUGGUGUCGAUUCAGUUAAUUUCCUGGGCCAUCGUAUCUCUUCUGCAGGCGUCGUGCCACUGCAGGAUAAAAUUCAAGCCAUUAUCGACUACCCCGAGCCUCAUUCUUUCAAACAGCUCAGGCGUUUUGAUGGCCUGGUCAACUUUUACCGUCGAUUUAUACCCAACUGCGCCUCUCUGAUGCAACCCCUCACGGACCUUCUCCGAGGGAAACUAAAGACGUUCGAAUUUCCUACCGCAGCACGCGCUGCUUUUAAGUCGCUGAAAGAGGCUAUCGCCAACAUAGCUUCCAUAGCGCAUCACGAUCCGACCGCCCCACUGUCCCUUAGUACUGACGCCUCGGACGUCGCGGUCGGCGCUGUUUUGCAGCAACGCGUAGCCGACACGUGGCAGCCCUUAGCGUUUUUCUCCAAACGCUUACAACCUACCGAAUCUCGCUACAGCACGUUCGGUAGAGAACUACUAGCCGUAUAUCUAGCGAUACGUCACUUUCGACACGUCCUAGAAGGCCGCUCCUUUGUCGUCUUCACCGACCACAAACCCCUAACUUACGUGCUCGGCUCGACUACCGACCGAUACUCUCCUAGAGAGUCGCGCCACCUUGACUAUAUCGCUCAGUUUACGACCGAUAUACGGCAUGUCUCAGGUGUGCACAACGCCGUCGCCGAUGCACUUUCCCGCAUUCAAGCUAUCUCCGCUGACGCCGGCACUGCUAUCGACUUGGCAGCCAUAGCCACAGCACAACUCAACGAUCCUGAGGUUGAUCUACUACGCAGAUCUCCCUCACUGGAUAUACGACCCGUUCCGCUGACAUCCUCAGACGGAACGAUACUCUGCGAUUUAUCUCU